AUGGGAUCACCACUCGAGAGUAGCCCUUCGCCAGUCACAAGACAUCGCAUGGCACAGAAUCGACGAGAAUCCAUGGCACAGAGUCGACGAGAGUCCAUGGCACAGAAUCGACGAGAGUCCAUGGCACAGAAUCGACGAGAGUCCAUGGCACAGACAUCGCACGAGCCCAGAAAGCGACUCUCCUUCGUGGACACCUUCAAUCCAAGUAUAGAAGAGGAGGUUAUACACGAGCGUCGCGCACGAGCAGAUAGCCUGGCUCCAGUACCAGAUCACCUUGAGAGAUCUAGUACCUCAGAGUCAAUCCAGUUACCUGUUCAACGUGACGUGGUCACAAAUACGACAACGCCGGUGGUAAUCUCCCGGGUCCAAGUGUCACCAUCUCGUCCACGACCAGGUCGUAAUGCUUUCGAGCGGAUGGGGGACAGGAGAAUAAGCAACGCGAUCGAAGGUCUUGAAGACAUGGUACAAGAAGCCGUAGAGAUCGCCGAUGAGACUACGGAUCAUGGCCAGGUGGAGGAAAUCUACGAGAUCAUCGAAGGUGCAAGACAAGCAAUACAAGGAGCUUCUAAUAAUCCUACACAACACCUCAUGGCCACAAGCUCACCGCUUCCGGCGUCCGGUUCGUCUCAUGAAAUACCACACUUGCCACCUCCCCCUACCCAGAGGAACACGACCGAGGAUUUGGUGGACUUGGUGCCCUCGCAAGUGCGGAUCGACCUGCAGCAAGGGUCAGCAUCCGUAGAUUGGGCCUACCAACCCCACAGAAGUCCGACAAGCAUCACUUCAUCUUCGUCACGUUCGACUAGCGUCGCAAGAGGUCGUUCGAGGCUCAGCACUCGAAGUGACCUGCUUCUUCCCCCGGAUCCUACCCAAGCCGCACCAAGAGAGCAUGUGGACCUCGUACUUCGGCCCAUGGCUCGAGAUCGUUCUCGCGGUCGACCACAUCGACGUAUCAUAAGGGACAGGGGGGUGCCCGGCCAGAAGCCUCAUCGUCAUUGCCGUCUUCGAAGUCGAAGCAGCUCUGAUCGAGAGGCUAGGCCGAGGUCUGUGUCGCGACACAAGAGGCGAAGUUCUUCUGAGUCAAGUCCUCCCGAAGAGUCUUUCAAUGAGGAAGGUCUCCCACCGCGGCAAUAUGGCGGGACUCUUCGCGUGCGGGAACAGGCUCAACACACCUUCAGCCUUCGGCGACAUCAUCGCAGACAACCAAUCGCAAGGAAUUGGGGCACCGGCAAGAAACGCUUGACCGCAAUCAUUGCGUGCAUCAAUACCGCUCUUCUCGGCAUCAUCAUUGGAGUCUACGCAGGUGAAGUACCACGCAUCCAGUACUACCUCGCAGACGAAAGUCAUGUUGCCAUCCUCGGCAACGUUGUACUGUACGUUGGCCUCGCCAUCUCCACGUGUAUAGUCUGGCCGUUACCGUUGCUCCAUGGUCGGAAGCCGUACAUACUGGCUGCUCUGACACUCGCCAUGCCGUUGCAGUUUCCCCAGGCGAUGAUCCUCAGCACCAAACGGUCUCCCACCAGACAAAGCUUUCGAGCAGGUCUCCUUGUUGCUCGCUUGGCAACUGGACUCGUUCUUGGGUUUGCGAACGUAAACUACAUCACCGUACUGCUCGACCUGUUCGGCGCGUCGUUGCAAAGCAAGAAUCCACAUCAAGAAUACGUUGUUCCGAAUGAUGUGAGACGACAUGGUGGAGGCAUGGGCUUGUGGCUCGGCAUAUGGUCCUGGUGCUGGAUCGCAUCGCUCGCUGUCGGUUUCAUGGUUGGGGCUGUGAUCAUCGAGCAUUUGAGUCCGGACUGGGGCUUCUACGUCGUCAUCAUCAUACUGUCUGCUGCACUCGUUUUGAACAUCAUUGCGCCCGAGACGCGGCGCGCAGCCUAUCGAAAGUCAGUAACGGAAGUCUACGAUCGCGAUGAGAACUACAUCACUCGCCGGGUCGCUCGAGGCGAGUGCAAGUUGCAUAUCUCGACAGAAGGUCCAAAGUACUGGUUCGAAGAAGUGUGGGCUGGCAUGAAACUCAUGACCAUGAUGAUGUGCCAGCCCGGUUUCUUCGUGUUGGCUCUGUACCUGGCCUGGAUAUAUGCACAGGUGGUGCUCGUCAUCGUGCUUUUGGGCUCGUUGCUAUCGAGAAACUACAAGUGCCAACCGCGCUUUGUAGGAGCUGGAGUCACGUCGAUUGCCAUCGGAGCCUUCCUGGCGCUUCCUUUAACUAAGGCUAGGAUCUUCUCUCGCGAACGGAAGAACUCCUUUCGAACGGACAGCAUGACAUUCCAGAAGCAGGUGACUUGGUCAUCGCAUCUCGUUCGACGUACGCUCUUUACGAUCGUGCUGCCGCUGAUGGGCUUGGCCUACACGAUCUCCUCGGCAGGACGCCCGAAACCGUUCAUGGUACCGAUCGCAUUCGCGGGCGCUCUGGGGUUCUUCAGCAUCCUCGCAAUUGCCGAAUGCCACGGUCUUAUCAUGGAGACGUUCGACACGUGCGACUUGCAGCCUGGUGUCAACACAAAACAUCGGCUGGAAUCGAUGGCUGUUCAGGAUCGGCGCCGUCGAACCAACUUCUCCUCCUUCCCGCGAGUCACGGCUGGCAUCUUUGCAUCUCAGACAUUGGCGUUCAUCGGCGGAGCAGUGGCCACCGAAGUGGGCGGCAUCAUGACGCGGCGUCUUGGUGCUCAGGCAUCGACUGGCGUGACCGCAGGCAUCCUGUUGUUCCUCACAAUCGCACUCACCCUCGUUCUUGUGCGUUUCAGAAGUGUUCAGGUCAUCCCUAACCACACCUUCGGCACUCGACGGGACACGGCAGCAUGGGAAGAGUUUGGAGAACUCGAAAAGAUGGGCAGAGGCAGCGAUUGGAAAGCCGUGGUGAUUGGCAACCCAAGCGGGAAGAUGCGCAGAAUGAGCGUGCUGGAGCUGGGCGCGCUGAGCCGCUGGACAGAGAUUCGAAAGCUAAACUUUCUCUUGAAGGAGCCGCGACUGGGUGAGGCGAGGUCUGGCAGGAGACCCAGGACAUGGAGAGACGGCUGGUAG